CAUGUUCCCUCUGCGUGCACAUGAUCCCAUCCCAGUUACUUGAGCAAUGUCCUUUCCAUGCGGUCUCACACUCAGAGAGCUCAGACCCGCUCAGCACACCGCCUGUGGUCUCCACGUUUUUGUAAAAGACUCCUUCCCGUUCUAAUAUCUUGGUGUUGUGGAGCUCUGGUUUUGCCCGCUGGCUUGUCCUGAUUGUUGAGGCCCCUGCUGCAGCCCACGGUGGGAGGACGACACCGGUGACCCGCCAUGUUUCUCGCGCUUGUGGUCACACCAGAGCUGAGGCAGUUCCUGGCCAGGGCUAGAGGUGGAGCAGUGCGCCUCAUCAAAGUGUGUAUCCAAGACGAGCAGCUGGUGCUUGGGUCCCACAGAGAGCCGGAGAACAACUGGGACCAGGACUAUGAUCGCCUCCUGCUUCCACUCCUGGACGACCAAGAGCCCUGCUACAUCCUGUACCGCCUUGACUCCCAGAAUGCACUGGGCUUCGAAUGGAUCUUCAUCUCAUGGUCUCCUGACCAAUCACCAGUGAAGCAGAAGAUGUUGUAUGCUGCCACCCGCGCCACAGUGAAGAAAGAGUUUGGUGGUGGCCAUGUAAAGUACGAGCUGUUUGGCACCGCUGAGGAGGACGUGUGUUUGCAGGGCUACCAGCAUCAUGUGUCAUCGUGCUCUGGUCCAGCUCCACUCACGUUAGCUGAACAGGAGCUCCGGCGGAUCAAAAUCACAGAGGGCCGGGUUAAACAGGUGAAGACGGAUGUCAGCGUGGACAGCAAGCACCAGACCCUUCAGGGCCUCGCCUUUCCCCUGCAGGAGACCGCACGCAGAGCGCUGCAGCAGCUCGCCCAAAAACGCAUCAACUACAUACAAUUGAGGCUGGAUGUAGAAAAGGAGACAAUUGAGCUGGUUCACUCAAAUCCAACAGAAACUUGUGACUUGCCCUGCAGGGUUCCCAAAGACACUCCCAGAUACCACUUCUUCCUUUACAAGCACUGCCAUGAAGGAGACUACCUGGAAUCUAUCGUGUUCAUAUACUCCAUGCCAGGAUAUAGCUGCAGCAUUAAGGAGCGGAUGCUGUAUUCCAGCUGCAAGAGUCGACUACUGGAGGACGUGGAGAAAGAUUACCAUUUGGAAAUAACUAAAAAGUUGGAAAUUGACAAUGGAGAUGAACUAACUGAGGAUUUUUUGUACGAGGAGGUCCAUCCCAAGCAGUACGCCCACAAACAGGCCUUUGCAAAGCCCCGAGGCCCUGCAGGAAAAAGGGGACAUAAGCGUCUCAUUAAAAGCACGGGAGAAACCAUACAGAACAGCUAGAGACAGAUGGGGAGGGGGAACAAAGAAAAAAAACAUUUCUUACAGUAGUGUCUUCAGGUCCUGGCUAUGCUCCCCAUUUCUCCACUAGCAAAUUGUCAUACCUUCUUUUGCUCUGCUGCACUGAAACACUUUUUUUGAUUGAUAUGUGCUGAUUAAUACUCAUUAAUCAAUAUCUCACGGUCACAUUGUGAUAAUGAUUCACAGAUAAUUAGAAAGGACUCAGGCUGAAGUGCAAACAAUCAGCCGCUUAUAAAAUGAUAGACCAGUGCUAGCCUGUAAAUGCAUAUUCAAACGUUUCAGUCCAGCCGUACGGACAAGUUUUGUAUCAACAAUGUUUUUGAGAACUGAAAAACAUGACAAUUUACCAAUAAAAUGUUAUUUAUA